CGACCGCGCCAUGUUUCCAUCUGCGCGUCAGAAGUUUGCGGGCAGGCAGGGAAAGGUAGCAACAGGAACAAAGUUUGGGACGGACUCCCUCGUUAGCAGAGCGGGUUUCUCCCGUAAAAUGAGCUAACAUUUUUUCAUCAACAAAAAAACUGAACACACCCGAUAACCAUCAGGAAGACAACGGACCCACAAACAGCAGUUUCUUAGAUGCUUUGGAAAAUCGCUAUUGUGAAGUGUGUUGAUGUGCUGGACUGUGCUUUUUUUUUUUGCAUAGUUUGGAGUGCCCCCGCCUCUUAAAAUGGCUUAAAGGUCCUCGUGUUGAUAUAUUUUAACAUUUAAGAUAGGGUAUUUUUGUUAGCUUGUAAUUUUUCACAAAUACAGCGAACUUUUAAAUAUAUAUUUUUGUGCCAAAAUACGCGGAUUUUCCACGAUCGCGCCCCCUGAUUGACAGGAGCGAAGGUGACGUUGGAUCUGAAGAAGUGGGACUCCUUUUAAAAAGUUAACAGAUUAACAUUCUAACGGAGGUAAACAGACAAGGACCUGGUGGACAAAAUGGCUACCAUGGCGUCACCUGGCGACGCUAUCGAGGAAGCAGCCAAUGAUGAGUUCAAUGACAUCAUCAAAUGGAGAUCUGAUGAGCACGAUGCAGUACAGAAGAAAACCUUCACCAAAUGGAUAAAUGCACAGUUCUCCAAGACGGGAAAGAUGCCCAUCAAGGACAUGUUCUGUGACCUGCAGGAUGGCAAGAAACUGCUGGAACUACUGGAGGGACUCACAGGAAAUGUCCUGACCAAAGAGCGAGGGUCCACCAGAGUUCACGCCCUCAACAACGUCAACAAGGUUCUUCAGGUCCUGCAUCAAAACAACGUGAGUACCUACCGAUAGGGCUUUACACAGUAUCUCUCUAUUCUUCUUUAUCCCCCUAUUUUACUCAUCUCUUCCCUUUUCCUUCGGUGUCUAGUGUGCUGUCUCCCUCUUGCAUGCUCCCUCCUCUUCU